UGUCGCGAAAAGUACACGAUGGACACAUAAAAAACUUCUUCCUCCUUCGUCUUCCCCUCCCCAUCCUCUCCUUCCUUCUUCCUCAGAUCCAGCACUACUUCCUACUGGUCCACUACUACCAUUCAAGAGCCAUCCUCUUCUGAAUUGGAAGUCGGGAAGAAAGCGCGGGAAGGCAGAGCAUGAUGCUCCCAGGCGCCGAGUUGUCGGCGUCCAACGGCGGCGGCGGCAAUGGCAGCGGCAUGUCGAGCCUUCCGGAUUUCUUGGGCAGGAAGAGCAAGUACGUGCGCAUGGACGACGUCCUCCCUCAGGAGCAGGAAGGGGAAGAGGAUGGCAGCGUGCGUGUCCGUCAGAGCCAGAGCAGCAGGAGAUACGUCUUCACCUGCUCCGUCUUCGCCUCCCUCAACUCCGUGCUGCUCGGCUACGAUGUUGGUGUGAUGAGCGGCUGCAUUCUGUUCAUUCAGAGGGACCUUCACAUCACCGAGGUGCAGCAAGAAGUCCUUGUCGGGUGCCUCAGCUUCAUCUCUCUCAUCGGCAGCCUCGCCGGGGGGCGGACGUCGGACGCCCUCGGCCGGAAGUGGACCAUCGGCCUCGCCGCCGUCGUCUUCCAGGCCGGCGCGGUUGUCAUGACGUUCGCUCCGUCUUUCCGGGUCCUCAUGAUCGGCCGGCUGCUGGCUGGCAUCGGCAUCGGGUUCGGCGUGAUGAUCGCGCCGGUGUACAUCGCCGAGAUUUCCCCCGCCGCGUCCAGGGGCUCUUUCACCUCGUUCCCGGAGAUCUUCAUCAACCUCGGGAUCCUUCUGGGCUACGUCUCCAACUACGCCUUCUCUGGCCUCCCUGACCACAUCAACUGGCGCGUCAUGCUCGCCGUUGGCAUCCUCCCGUCCGUGUCCAUCGCCUUCGCGCUGCUCGUGAUCCCGGAGUCGCCGCGGUGGCUGGUCAUGCAGAACAGGGCAGACGAGGCGCGCGCCGCGCUUCUCAAGGUCACUGACAGCGAGGACGAGGCUGAAGAGCGGCUUGCCGAGAUCGAGGCUGCCGCCGGCUCCACGAACGCCGGGAAGUACGAUGACAAGACGGUGUGGCAGGAGCUCACGAGGCCAACACCGGUGAUCGCCCGGAUGCUCAUAACCGGACUAGGCAUCCAGUGCUUCCAGCAGAUCACGGGCGUCGACGCGCUGGUGUACUACAGCCCAACGAUAUUCCGCGACGCCGGGAUCAGCACCGAGAGCCAGCUCCUCGCCGCUACGGUUGCCGUCGGGUUUUUCAAGACGGCAUUCAUAGCGGUCGCCAUCGCGCUGAUCGAUCGCGUCGGCCGGAAGCCUCUGCUGUACGUCAGCACGGUUGGCAUGACCGUCUGCCUGGUGUUCCUGGCGGCCGCGCUCUUCCUGCUCGCGCACGGCUUGGUGCCUAGAGGCGCCGGCAUCGGCAUUGCCAUCCUGACGGUGUGCGGCGACGUGGCGUUCUUCUCUGUGGGGAUAGGGCCCAUCUCGUGGGUUAUGAGCUCGGAGAUCUUCCCGCUGCGGCUGCGAGCGCAGGCCGCGGCGUUCGGAGCCGUGGUGAACAGGGUGACCAGCGGCGCGGUGGCCAUGUCGUUCCUGUCCGUCUGCCGUGCCAUCUCUGUCGCGGGCGCUUUCUCUGCCUUCGCGGCCAUAUCGGCCCUGUCCGUGCUGUUUGUGCACAGGUUUGUGCCGGAGACUAGAGGCAAGACUUUGGAGCAAAUCGAGUCGUUGUUUGGGGGCGGCGGCGACGUUGAGGGGCGGGGAGAGCUAGAGCUUUGCGACGUGGAGCAGUUGGUGCACAAGGGGUGACUCUUUUGAAGUUCAAAGGAUUGCUGAUGCCGUGGUAGCUACAAAGGCAUCUCCAACACAAAGCUCCAACGUCCAAUCGACCUCCUUGCUCAGGGAUCUUCUGACGUAACUGCAUGACCGCUGUCACUUGGACCAACUCUUAGUGGAUCCCGUGUGUUAGCAUCAUCCCGUGCAGUUACGUGAGAGAAACCGCUUCCGUCCACAUCAGAGAGGUUUCACAGAUUACUUGGACGAGGUAGUAGCUGAUGGAUUCAGAUUCACUUGAUUACUUUUCGCUCGUGCAUACGAAUGUGAACGAGCGUUUUUCUCUUGGGUGAACACUGAACAGAGAUACAUAACAGAGUAGUAGGGUAUACUUUCACAUUCAGAUUCUGUGUACUAACAUGCUCUGUAAUUGCAACAAACAUUGCAUUCUUUUGCCUCCUCUUUUGUUGUAUAUCAGGAGCUACACAAUGACGACCUCACUGGGAACUAACACGGAUUAAAAUUAGGCAAAAAUCUUCAGUUUUUUCCUGUUACCUUUCUUUAACUAUGUUGUUCCCCCCUGUUAGCUUUGCUGUCCCAUUUUUGUUGUUUCUAUUUUCAG